UUCUGGAACAAGAAAGUAAAAACAAAAGAAUGACACCCUUGGUUUAGAUUUGUUUAGCGUGUGGAAAAAAGCAAAAUAUUUAUUUGCUGGACUGACCAAAAACCUUAACCAUUUUUCUAGCUCUGAAGAAGACGAACAUGUUAGGAAAUGGUGGCUGAUAAUGCUGUAGAAGACAGUCAAGAAGAAUAGAUUAUUUUUAUCUGUUGGUUUGUAUGCAGAUUCAGCAUCAAGACCUCUGACCAUCUUUGCAAAACACCCUAAUGGUUUUUGGAUUUUUAUCAUUAAAGCACGAAAAAAAAAAUCUGCACUUUGCAGCAAGGGCAAUUUAACUGGAGAGUGCAGUGGACGCACCCGUUGAAAUGGCUUUGCUUUCUUUAAAGGCGGAAUCUUUAAGGGAAAGACAGUCGAAGACUCUAGUUAGAGAAAACAAAAUGCAGAGCUUCAAGGCAUCUUUGGCUAACCACCUUCAACUCUAUUGCCAUUCUUCUUUCAAUCUACGAGGAGAUGGAAGUGGGCGAGACCAGACACGUUUUGCAGAUCUUGUAGAGCUUGAACACUCCGCCGAUGCCUUUCAUCACAACGAACCUGUUGAUUUGAGCCCAGUCAGUUUCGCCGUUGUUCCUAAUAACCUACACUACGGGACCUUGAACACGAGCAUUGGCUGUGUGGACACAGAACAACAAUUCAUGUAUCAGAAGGGGACAACUACGAUUGGGGCAACGCAGGGCAACGGGCAGCAUAUUGAGAACUGGGGCGAGUCAGGCAUGGCUGCAGACACCAGCCAACAGACUGACACUUCUACAGAUAUUGACACGGAUGAUAAAAACAAAUUUCGUGGAGUCCAUAAUGGAGCAGUCAUGGUUGUAGAUUCAGUGGAUCAAUCUAAGGCAAAAGCUGCUGACCAAAAGACACUUAGAAGGCUGGCUCAGAAUCGAGAAGCUGCAAGGAAGAGCCGUUUGAGGAAGAAAGCAUAUGUCCAACAGCUGGAGAAUAGUCGACUCAGGCUUGCACAGCUAGAGCAAGAGCUUCAGCGAACACGCCAGCAGGGUGCUUUUAGUGCAACUGGAUAUUCAGGAGAUCAUAUUCAUUCAAUAAAUGGGAAUGGAUCCUUAGCAUUUGACAUGGACUACGCACGAUGGCUUGAUGAGCAUAAUCGGUUGAUCAAUGAUCUUAGAUUGGCUCUGAAUUCUCAUAUGGGAGAUAAUGAAUUGGACGUUCUUGUUGAUGGCGUAAUGGUGCAUUAUGAUGAGAUUUUCAGGCUAAAGAGCAUUGGUGCAAGGGCUGAUGUAUUUCACAUGCUUUCUGGCAUGUGGAAGACGCCUGCCGAGAGGUGUUUCAUGUGGUUGGGAGGAUUCCGUUCAUCUGAACUUCUCAAGAUACUUGGGAAUCACCUUGAACCUUUGACGGAUCAGCAGUUGAUGGGCAUAUGUAAUUUGCAGCAAUCCUCCCAACAGGCUGAAGAUGCCUUAUCUCAAGGGAUGGAAGCUUUGCAACAAUCUCUAGUAGAGACACUUUCUUCAACCUCUCUGGGCUCUGGUGGUUCUGGAAAUGUAGCAGAUUACAUGGGGCAGAUGGCCAUUGCUAUGGGCAAACUUGCAACACUCGAGAAUUUCCUUCACCAAGCUGAUCUUCUGAGACAACAAACGCUGCAACAAAUGCAUCGAAUUUUAACUACUCGUCAAGCUGCUUGUGCACUACUUGUUAUCAGUGACUACAUGUCACGUGUCCGGGCACUCAGUUCAUUAUGUUAGGAAAGUUUUGGGACUAUGAAGAUGGAGAGAACGAUAUGGUCGAGACUAUUGACUGUGCCAAGAAAUCCCUUUUUGCUGCUGCUGUUGACAGAUGGGGUUCAACUCUUGGCUCUUAGAGAUGUUUAAUCACACCUUUGUACAUUGAGUAGCGGCUGACCGGUGGAUCUCUUCAACUCUGUAACUAAUUGAGCAUUGUCUUCGAAGAAUACCGAUUACCACCUAAUAAUGCAAUGGUAUUCUUGUCUUGCAA